UUUUGGGCUAUUAUGCAACCAACAAUACAAAAAAUUCCAAAAGUCCCACUAAUAAACUAAUUAAACGUUUGAAUAAUGGAAAAAAUCAAUUAAAUUCACUUAAUCCUCCAUUUCCUUUGUGCGUCCGAUUAAUUAUAAUUUUGAUAACGUCGAUAAGAUAAGCAAGUGGUGUUUAUCGUUUUUAUUUUGUGUAAAUUUUCGCGUGUGUUUAACAAAAAUGGAGCGUCCUACGCAAGAUUCAUCGCCUGAAAAAUUGAAAGAAACGCAAGCUCAAGUAGACGAAGUGGUGAAUAUAAUGCGAGUGAAUCUUGAAAAAGUCAUGGAGCGGGAAGAAAAUUUAAAACGGAUGAAUACCAUCGCUGAAGAUUUGAUCGAAGGAGGAAAACAAUUCGAGCAACAAGCCGGCAAACUAAAGAAAAAAUACUGGUGGAAAAAUAUCAAAAUGUUGAUCAUUUUGAUCAUCGUUAGCUUGAUUGUAUUGACAAUCAUUAUUGUGAGUGUGACGGUCAGUAUUGGCGAGAGAGGGAACAGGGAAGACAACAAUGGGACGAGGACUGUUAAUGCCGGGCCAACAAUAAAUGACUAAUUAUU